CACACAACACGCAAGAGAAGAGUCUGCCAGUGAAACAGCUCAGGUCAUGGUCAGCGCUUCACUUCAAUUAAUGCUUUUCUGAUUCACACACUUUCUGCCAUGGGGACUUACUCAGACCAGAGGGAAGCGUACAUGCAAAAUGGGCACACUGAAAACAGCAGGACAUCAGACUUCAUCCCUGAUAUGGAACUCCGGGAGGAAUGGCAGGAUGAGGAGUUUCCAAGACCACUUCCAGAGGACACACAUAGUCCUGGUGAUGAAGAGGAAAGUGCUGGAGCAGAGGGGAAAAAGCCUGUCCCUCCCACCAGCCUGGCCCUUACGGGUAAUACAGUCAGAAAGAAGCGACUAGUGGCACCGACUCUGAGUCUAACACUGGAUAAAACCUCUACUGACCGGAGCCUGAAAUCGGAUGAGUUUGAAGCUUCUGCCCUUUCACCGUCUCCUGAUGACGACCUAGACAUGGACAUUAACCUGGAGGCCUUAGAAACGCCCUCAGAUAGCGAGUCCUACAACUUUCCAGAAAGCAUGCAUGACUUGGAAUGGGAAGAUGAUCUUCCACGCAUGGGUAAAGCAUCGAUCAGAAAACCCAGUUUAUUAGAGCACGCAGAGAUGGGACACUUGGAGUUGGAUCAAGUAGACGAUUAUGGCCGACGAUGGAGGCAUUUCCAUAUUGGCGGACAAGACUAUCAAGUCAACAUGAGUGUUUUGGAGCCAUACCUCCAAGUACUCUCACACGGAGGGUACUAUGGAGACGGAUCGACGGCCAUCAUCAUGUUUACCUCCUGCUACCUUCCAGAAAACACAACAGAACACUAUGAGUAUGUGAUGGACAACCUGUUCAGGUACAUCAUUGGCACACUGGACUUGAUGGUGUCUGAGAAUUACAUUUUGGUGUAUCUGUGUGGAAUGGCUCCUCGCAAUAAGAUGCCUGGCAUUAAGUGGCUGCGACAGUGUUACAUGUCCAUUGACAGAAGGUUAAGGAAAGAUCUGAAAGGGCUGUUUGUGGUUCAUCCGGCCUGGUAUGUUAGAGCGCUCAUCACUGUCAUCAAACCCUUCAUCAGUGAGAAGUUCAGCAGGAAGAUGCGCUUCAUCCACAGCCUGCAGGAACUGGCAGAGUUUGUUCCUGUGGAGCAGCUGCAAAUCCCAGACUGCAUCAGAGAGUAUGAUACGCAGCUGAACAGGUGAAGGUGUUGCUGAUGGAGCGAGAUCGCUGGUGUUUAUACUGUACAGGUCACAUACAUGUGGGAUUCAGAACAGCCUGAGGUCAAUGGUCAAAGCUUUAGGGCAAAUGACAGAAACACAGUUUCCUAACAGACAGCACUCUUUGAGGAAAUACAAAACAGCCAGUGUUGUCCUUCAGAGAGCUGUGUGCAGCUGUGUGUGUCAGGAGAGAUCUCAAG